AUGUCUGGGAGGCAUGUGAGAAACAUAGGUAGAAUCAGCCAGAUCGAUACACCCAAUAAUCAGAUCAAUAGAGUCAAUAAUGAGAUCAAUGGAACAAACAAUAGAACAAACAACAGAAGCAUAAAUGAUGGAAAUGAAAGAAGAAACAGCCAACGCAGUGUUGAGCCUCUUCCUCUUUACUCACCUCCGAUUCCUCCUCCAGCUUAUAUUCCGCAGUAG